AUAGUGAAUAAAUUAUUUUUUUUAUUAUGUGAUAAGAAGGUUAUAACAUUUUAAAUUCACGAGUUUCAGAAUGUGCGAUUGUAUUUUUAUGACGGUUUUCAGGACUUUCGCGUAUGUUACAAAAUUUAUCGGAAAAAAUUUUCGCAAUUUUUUUCCGCCACCUACAUGUCGGUCUCGUGCAUCCCUAGUGUAGCUAAAGCUAGGAACAAUUGGUCGGUCGAUUUUUAUUAAUUCCCAUGAACAUCGUUGCGAGUCGCCACCGUCUGUUCCCAAGUUAAGGUCCUCGGUAAUACGUACUCAAUGCCACGCUUUCCCGCCUAAAUGUUGUGAUUUCGGUGGGAAAAUAUUUGUUGGAUCAGGAACGUCUAUGUACUCUCGUGAACGAGUUCGUUAGUGAAUCACAUGUUUCUUUCGAGGUCGUAUUUAUUUCGACAGUGCUUUUAUUAGCAUAUUUGAAUCAGAUUCAAUCUAUAUUAUCAAAUUAAUUAUCUAUCAUAACCAAAAAUCUAUCAGUCGACCGUACAAUAGUGUUAUGCGAGGUCCUUGGCGGGGUUCCUGAUAGCUGAAGUCAUAUAUGAAAGAAGGAAAAUUUCUGCAAGAAAUCCAGUUGUUGAAAUAAGAAGUCUAAUUGAAAGGGAGCACGGAUAAAUUGUCCUUCUUAUUGUGUGUUAGUAAUCAACACAUUGGAAUAUCCCAUUUUCAGAAUGACAGCUACUGAAGUGAGAAAUUGGACUACAGAGUAUUAUAUUAUAAAUCAAUCAUCUUGUCAGCAAAUUUUAGAAGAUAUACUGAAAGAGAUACCUUUAUUGAAUAACGUUCAGUUACACAAUAUAAAAGAUAAGCAAUUGGUUAGAUUCCAAGGUAUGGUUCAGGAUAUGUAUGAUCCUGAAUAUUACUUUAAACAAUAUGAAGUAAGGAAUACUAGAACUGGAGAAAGCAAUAUUAGAUAUGGAAUAUAUUCAGAUAUAGCUCAUUGCUUACCACAUGAAGAAAUAUCCUUUGAAUCUAACACGAAUGAAAACUCAGAAAGACAAACUUACAUUGUAAUUUCUACACCUGGUUUAAACGAAUGGGCAAAAGAAAUAAAUACAAACAUAGAACAGUCUGAUGCGAGUGGAACAGAUAACAAUAGUAUAGGUAAAAGAAGUCUAAAUGAUCGAGAUGAUAACGAGGCGGAGGAAAUGGACUGCUCAGAGCCAAUUACGAAAAAGGAAAAAGUUUUGAGAGAUAAUACCGAUAUAAACAUGAGUAACGGUGGUUGUAGUGCAAAAGUUCAAAGUAAUGUUUCGGAAGAGCAUAUAUUAAAUUUUCCUAUCCCAAUCGACGGAGGAAAAGCUUGCAUAGUAAAGAUUUACGAUGGGACAAAUUUGAAGCUGAAUCAAGUUGUCGACAUAGUAGGAUUUAUAUCGUUAGAUCCGAUGUUAGGCACAAUUCGUGCUUCUGAAGACGAGAUGAAUGAAGCUGAGAUAAAUACUCAUAAUCCGCCAGCUUCUCUGGUGCCUCGAUUACACGCAGUGAAGGUAGUAGAACUCAAUAAACCUCAGAUCGUAAAUGCUCCGGAAAUUAUUUCCAAGGCACAGCUCAUCAGGGGUGAUUUGCAUAUAAUAUUGAGCCAAUUAUUGUUCGGAGACCACUUAGCUGCAGAUUACUUAAUAUGCCACUUGCUCUCAAUUAUAUAUAGGAGGAAAGAUUACUUCUGUGCCGGCACGUUCCCGCUAAACAUAACGAAUUUCCCAGCCAGUAAACUCAGAGCGUUUCCGAAAGAGUUUUAUAACUUUUUAACAUUAUUCGUCAAGAAAAGCCACUUUUUAGAAGUGACUUUGGAAAAUUUGAACGAAUUAGCCUUGAUUCCAAAGAAAGAUUAUGAAUGUAACAGAUUGACGAGCGGUAUUCUUCAAUUAAGCAAUCACACACAUCUGGUGUUGGAUGAGACAGGCUUAACUGCUGGAGAACUCACUAUGACCGGCAAGGAGAAUUACAAAGCGCUCUCCGACCUGCUUAUGUUUCAGAAACUAAAAUAUGACUUCCAGUAUUACUCGAUGGAUUACGAAACGGAUCUCCCAAUGUUGAUCUUUUCCGAUGUGAAAUCUUUCAUUCCGUGCCCCAUGCAAGUUAUCCUAAAUGUCGAUGCGGAUUCGGAAAAUUUAUACAGUCAAGUGCUUGAAGCUGCGCGUCAAUAUUUGAAGGAGGAUAAUCGAUUGACGAAUAUUCGUCAGUACUUGGAAACAUUGAGGCACACGGAAUUCGUCUUUGACGAACAGAUUACGGAGGUUGUUCAAAACUAUUUCGUACAAAUGCGAAACUUAAAUAAGAAUAUAAAUGCGGACAAUCUACACGCAUUGAUAGUCUUCGCCAGAUUGAUGUCCAUAUCUUAUGGAAAAACAGCACUGGAUACAGAGUGUUGGAACAAAACCGUACAAUUAGAAACGGAGAGAAUGAGCAGGCUUCCGCAGCGCGAAUGACGUCAUCGAUGAUGCGGUAAAGAAGAAACUGUCACAACACCCGACCUAUGUUAAGGCAUCUAUUUCGCUGAAUAGAUUUGAGGAACAUUUUGGAGCCGCGCUCUUUCGUCGCAGGAUACGAGGAACA